AUGAGAUCACUUGAGUUUCCCGCUGCAGUGAUGGUUUCAUCUGACCGCCAGCUGUCAGAGCUGUUGCAGUGGUAUGCGACCACCUUUAGAGACCCCAUGAUGCUCCAGCCCCCAGAGUGGUUUAUGGCGUUUAUAUAUUGUGAAGCCUUCUUACAAAUGCCUUUCUUCCCCGUUGCAGUAUACGCCUUCUUAAAAGGUGGCUGCAAAUGGAUAAGGACUCCUGCAAUUAUCUACUCCACCCAUGUAGCUACCACUUUGUUUGCUAUCCUGGCGCAUAUCCUGUUCCAUGAUUUCUCAAAGUCUGAGCAUUUGGGACCUCAGACGCAACGUGAGCGCCUAAUUCUGCUAUCUAUAUAUGUGCCGUACCUGCUGAUACCACUUCUGAUUCUUUUUACCAUGCUCUACAACCCCCAUUAUAACCAGGUGGAAAAAAGGAAAAGGAAGUAG